AAUAAACUUAUUUAUUGUAUUAAAUUAACUUACUUUAUAAUAAUGAAAGUAGCAUUAAAUUUGUCGGUACUGUAUAUCGCCGUCUGUAACGGACUGCCAAACGCUAGCAAUGGCCAGAAAUGGGUCGUAUUGUGCGCCGGCAGUAGGGGUUGGGGCAACUAUGCUGAUCAAACUAUUGUCUACCGGGCGUACCUUCUGUUCAAGGCUUAUGGCAUACCUGAGAGCAAUGUUAUUAUCAUGCAUUACGACCAUAUUGUCAUUAAUUCCCAAAACCUUACGCCUGGUAUUGUAGUCAACGAUAUCGGCGGACCCGAUGUCUAUAAGGGU